AUGAAGUCGGUUUCAACUCAAACCACAAGUGAAUUAGAGAAGACUACUGUAGUUGAAAAAGUUGAAGUAGUUGAAGUAGUUGAAGAAGUACAAAUAAAGAAGACUACACAUAAAAAUUAUUCAACAAGAUAUGAAAAUGAUAUAGAAAUUCGUAAUGCCUUAAAGGAAUUCUUAUUAUAUUUACUUUUCCUGAUUGUUGCACUUAUUGUGGCAUCAUCAGUUAAUCAUAAAUAUAUGUUUUAUUUAUAUAAGACAAUAGAAAAUCUAUUCAUAAUCACUCCAGAAUACUAUGAUUUAGUUACAAUAGCAGAAUGGUGGUUAUAUGCUGAAAAUGGAUUUGCACCCGCGCUCUUGGGUGAUAAUAAUGGUAAUGAAGUCAUAAAUGAACGAUAUUUUCUUGAAGAAAAUAUAUUAUUGGGUGCACCUCGAUUAAGGCAAAUCCGGGUUAAAAGUGAUUCGUGUCAUAUACCAGAUGCUUUCAAAAGAUAUUUUAGUGAUUGCUAUGCACAGUAUCAUGAAACAACAGAAGAAAAGGAGGGAGAUUUUCAAGGAUCAAAGUUUUACACAUUGGAUGAGUUGAAUGAUCGACCGAUAUGGGCUAAGUAUGCUACUUAUUAUGGUGCAGGUUAUGUUCAAGAAUUAGAUUACAACAUGAAUGCUACGAUAGACACACUAGAGUCACUUAAAGAGGAAAAAUGGAUUGAUCGUGCUACACGAGUUGUAGUUUUAGAGUUUGGCUUGUACAACGCAAAUGGAGAUUUUUUCACUAACGUUAAAAUAAUUGCAGAGACACCUAUUUCGGGUGGUAUAAUAACAAGUAAGAGCUUGGAAUCAUUCAAUACGCAUGAAAUAUGGACUGACGACGACUAUCUUCUAAUAAUCUGCGCUAUUAUCUUCUACAUAAUGAUUAUUUUCUACACAAUACAAGCAGUAAGGGAAUGCCGUCUCGUUGGUUGGCGCAAUUACUUCAGUUCUUUAUGGAAUAUUGUGGAUGUACUAAUACUAAUUAUGGCAUACUUAGCAUUUGUGUAUCAAAUUGUUCACAUAUUCCUUGUAAAAGCCUUGCUUAAACGAGUGACAGAAGACGAGGAUGGCUUUCAUAGCUUGGAUAAUAUAUGCUUCUGGAGCUCAUUGUAUGCAGACUUGUUGGCAGUUUGUGCAUUUUUUAUUUGCAUUAAAGUUUUCAAAUAUAUUAGUUUUAACAAAACAUUGCUACAGUUCAGUACAACUCUACAAAGGUGUGCCAAGGACUUGUUGGGUUUUGGUUUAAUGUUUUUAAUUGUAUUUUUGGCUUAUGCACAACUGGGGCUUUUGCUUUUCGGCGCUUAUAACUAUGACUUCUGUACUUUUUGGGAAUCAUUAAUCACACUACUACGUAUGAUACUUGGAGAUUUUGAUUAUGCAGGCAUUGAAAGUGCUAAUCGUAUAUUAGGACCACUAUACUUUUUAUCUUAUAUAUUGUUAGUGUUCUUUAUUUUGUUGAAUAUGUUCUUGGCUAUUAUCAACGACACCUACAGUGCAGUGAAAGAAGAAAUUACUGCGGGUAAAAAUGAGGUCAUCGUAUAUUUGAAGAAAAUAUUUAAAAAAGUAUUUGAAAGAAUAAUAAAGCGUCGUAAAAAGGAAGAUCGUGAUCUUAAAAAUGUAGAAGCACCAGCUGAAAAGGGCAGCGAAACAACACUUUAUCCUAGAACUUCACUAACAACAACUAGAUCAGCAAAAAGCAGCGAUCCAGAAGUAAUUUAUGUGACUGAAAGUGAAGUGAUAAGGGACUACUUUGAAGUAUAUGAACCGCCUGCGAAUCGUUUACAACUAAAUAGUUUAUCCGAUCGAGUAACAUUGUUGGAAAAAAUUUUAGAAGGUUUAAUAGUAAACUUGGAUACGAUAAUAAAAAAAGUUGAUGCUAAGAAACGAAGGGACAAGAAAAAUGCUUUCGCAUUAUCUUCAAGACAUAGUUAUAUGUACUACUACAACAAAACUAUUUACAAAUUCUUUCUGGAAAGACACGAAACAGCAAAUAAUUUUAUGAUAUCUUUCAACGAUAUCUGUAGACUUUCUGAUUGGUAUUAUUUUUUAGAAAAUCAUUUUUUAGAAACAAUGUACAAUGGAAUGGAAAACAAUGGAACUCCAAGAGUUUUUAUGGAAAAAAACCUACUUCUAGGUCCACCGCGUCUAAGGCAAAUACGUGUUAACGCUGAAGAGUGUUAUACGUAUAGUGAAAUACGGCGAUACUUUCAAGUAUGUUAUCCGAAGUAUUCAGAGAGAUUUGAAGAAACAACUGAUAAUUAUAAGAGCUCUAAAUACUUUACGUUAAGUGAUUUAAGUGCUACUUCUAUAGAGGGAAAAUUAGCAACUUAUAGAGGUGCGGGAUAUGUGGAAAAUUUGAGUUAUGAUAAGGAAGAAACUGAAGAAAUUAUAAAAGGUUUACGACACAGUGAUUGGGUUGAUAGAGGAACAAGAAUUGUUAUACUUGAGUUUUGUUUAUUUAAUGAAGACUCAGAGUUAUAUGAAAGUGUAAAAUUUUUAGGAGAAGUUCCUCCAACUGGUGGUAUAAUAUCUAGUGCACAACUGCGAUCCAUAAAAUUGGGUGGUUUAUGGUUAAGUGGUGACUACUUCGCCAUAAUAUGCGCUAUAAUAUUUUAUGUGCUGACGGUUAAAUUUACUUUGGAGGAAGUAAAAGAAAUUAGAAAAAAUGGUUUUUGGACAUAUUUAUGUAUACUAUGGAAUUUUAUAGAUAUAACUGUUUUAGUGAUCGCGAUUAUUAGUUUUAUCUAUAACAUAUAUCAUCCAAUAUAUGGAAAUUAUUUGUUGCAAUUAGCAGAAGAUCCUGAUGAAUAUGUGAACUUAGACAAAAUCGCUUACUGGAAUGUAAUAUAUAAUGAUUUAAUUGCUAUUUGCGCAUUUCUUCUGUUUAUGAAAAUAUUUAAAUAUAUCUCGUUCAAUAAGACUUUACUGCAGUUAUCAGAGACUUUAAACAGAUGUUAUAAGGAUUUGUUGGGAUUUGGCGUAAUGUUUUUUAUAAUUCUGAUGGCGUAUGCUGUUUGUGGCUUCAUUUUAUUUAGUCAACAUGUAGUAGAGUUUAGUACUUUACUGAAUACUUUAAGCACACUAAUGAGCAUUAUGAUGGGUACCUUCGAUUAUACUAAUUUGGAAUACGGUAGUCCUACAUUAGGUCCAAUUUUUUUCAUUUCAUAUAUAGCGCUGGUUUAUUUUAUACUAAUGAAUAUGUUUUUGGCUAUUAUAUUUGAUACUUAUAAUACAAUUAAAAAUGAUAUUAAGUCAGGACCAAGAGAAUUAAAUACUUACCUGUCUAAUGCUAUGAAAAAGUUAAGACAGAGAAUGUUAACGAACAGAAAGAGACAACAAGAAGUAACAACAGUAUUGAAUGAAUCCACUGAAGUAGUUGCUGAACCAAAACCCACAUCGGUGGAUCAGAAUACAACCCAUCAACCAACUAAUGAACCGUCGAAUAUGACUGAAAGUUUUGUUGUAAGAGAGUAUUUUGAAAAUUAUAUAAGGGAUGAAGAAAGACGAAAAAUUAUUAAUUUAGCAAAUCGUAUAGACUUACUCGAAGAUGUUAUUAAAAAAUUAUCUGUAGAUGUGGAGGAACUACUGAAAAAAGUUAAAUCAAAACAACGAUCUCGAUCCUAAUGACCUCUGUUAUUAUUCUUCAGUUUUAAUAAUACGUACUAUUAUUAUCAUUUGUUGAAGU